CAGCCAUGAAAUUCAUUUCUAUUUCCAUAAUCACAGUUCACAGGAUGUUUCGUUCUUUACAUUUACCGGCAUCUCCACAAGUGCUAGGAUCCGUGUUCUUCUUGCCACGCGCUUCUCUAAGGCGGUCUUUACCCUUCGCCCGUAUACAAGCUUGUUACAUGUAUCAUGGCCUAAAUGUGUGCUCAAUCACUCGGUCCUAUAGCCAGAGAUGCAACUCUUCUCGUCAGACCGGUUCUCUGCUUUCUCCCGUUCGACUUGCUUUCUGGACUUGUCGCUCCACCUGGCGCCGCGCGGGUAUUAACACGCUGCGAUGUCUUGUUGGCUGCACUGCUGGGGAUUUUUCCGCGCUGUGGAUGCUCCAGACAUAUUUGCCAGAUAUAGGGAUGGGAUCUAUUAUGGCCCUAUCGAUGGUAUCCGGUAUCACUACGUCGAUUUUUCUAGAAACGAUACUUCUCAGACACGGAGUUGACAAGCUCUCGUGGCCAGUGGCAGUCCGAACGGCGAUGGGUAUGAGCCUGGUUUCUAUGCUUGCCAUGGAAACGGUGGAGAACUUGGUAGAUUAUCAUCUCACUGGCGGAGUCAUCGCUCUCCAGGAGCCACGCUUUUGGCUAGCUGCAGCGCUUUCGAUAGGAGCUGGAUUUUUAGCACCGUUGCCUUAUAACUACCUCCGCUUGAGGAAAUAUGGGAAGGCUUGUCAUUGACGACACAAAAUGCGGGCUUGUGUGGCGUGAUAAUCGAUGAAAUAUAUAUAUACAUCAGCACCAGGUGGUAUUUUGUCAACUUUACCGUUCAGUUAACAAGAUGCCUAGACAACCAUUUCGUCCUGAUACAGUAUUUUGUUUGUUGCUCAAAAUAUUUUUAUAUGAAUCAUUCUUAGCGGAUGCUGGGGCGUUAAAGCCAGAUCUACUGAUCAACAGAGUAUGCAGAUAGAUUGUUUACAAAUACAGUAUAACACCACAGCAAUAGAAUAUAUAUUGCA